GACAUGUAUAUCUAUAAAAAUCUCCGUGCAAAAUCGGCACACUGUCGUGCAUACUCUUGGGUCAGACACGCGUGAAUAAUACUAAAGAUCGAAGUUAAAAUGAGAACCAUCCUCGUCGCUGUGUUCCUGCUCGUGGCUAUUUCGGCCUGCGUCUACUCUGCACCAGUCGAAGCCGAGGAACCAAAAGUCGUAGCCGAGGAGCCGAACGUCGAAGCCAAAGAGGACGACGUCGAGGGCAGAUCGAUUCUCGGACAACUCUUGAGGCCCCGGUAUCCCGUGUACCCCGUGUACCCAGUUCAGCCCGUGUAUCCAGUUUACCCGGUUCAGCCUGUGUACCCAGUUUACCCCGUCUACCCUGGAUACGGUAAAUGAAAAUAAG